CUCGAUUGGCUGCCAAUCGACGCCGCCGCUGGUAGCGUGUGUACGUGGAGACGGUUGGAACGGACCUUUGCUAAAACAUGAAACUACUUGUUGGGGGUUCUUCGGCACUGGUAGCCCUUCUGCUGGCCGUACUGCAAGUUGCUGUAGCACAGAACACCUGCACCGACCGGUGUGUACCGAUCAAGAACUGUAUCCAGAAUGAGGAUGAUCCCCCACCGGAAGUGGAUCUGCGUGUAGGGCAGGAUGACUCUGACGUCGUUGGAAAGUGUGCCCAUUAUCUGGACGUGUGCUGCCCGGAAGAUAAUGUUAUUGAAGAUCCUAGCAAUCAUGGCCAAGCGACUGAUCUGUCGACGACGGAGCCGGAAAAGUUCCGACCCUGUGGUCUCCGUAAUCCGGAUGGCGUCGGUUUCCGGCUCGGGGGUUCCAAGGUUGAUGAAGCAGAGUUCGGUGAGUUCCCCUGGACCUUGCUGGUGAUGGAGAUGAUGGAGCUGUUUGACGAACGAAAGGAGGUGUACGCUUGCGUUGCAUCCCUGCUGGCACCGAACGUGGCCCUCACGGUGGCCCACUGCGUUGUGAACAGGACGGCUACCAAUCUGGUGGUACGCGCAGGAGAAUGGGACACUCGCAGUGAUUCGGAGCUGCUUCCGACUCAGGAUAGCAAUGUUAAAGAGGUGCAUAUCCACGAGCGCUACAACAAACACCAUCACUACGAUGUGGCACUGCUCGUCCUUGCGAAACCCUUCUACCCGGCCGAAAACGUCCAAACGAUCUGUUUGCCACCGCCGGGUGUACGGCCACCGGUAGGUACCGAGUGCAUUACCGGCGGCUGGGGUAAGGACAAGUUCGGGAAGGCCGGUGUCUACCAGCAGAUCCUCAAGCGCGUCACGUUACCGAUCGUUGAGUCGGCCGAUUGUCAGAAGUCGCUGCGCAAGACGCGGCUCGGUGCCAAGUAUACGCUGCACAGUACCUUCCUGUGCGCCGGUGGCCGUGAAGGGGCCGACGUUUGUUCGGGCGAUGGUGGAGCCGCACUCGUCUGUUCAGUGCCCGGUACCGAGGGAACCUUCUAUCAGGCCGGUGUGGUCGCUUGGGGUAUCGGUUGCGGAGACGCAAACAUACCCGGCGUCUAUGCGAACGUUGCGCCCGUACGGGAAUGGAUCAUUGACAAUCUGAAAGCGCUCGCCGUUGAUCCUGUGUUCUAUGAAACAACGUCCUGAACGACGUGACCAUGUACUGUACAAUCUGUUCUGACUGUUCGUUAAUAAAUUAAGUGAAGCGAAUACUGCCUCCAGGA